GGGGGGGGGGGGGAGAUUGAAGUUCUACAACCGUGUUAGAGCUUAUUUGGCACUAUAAUAGAGUCUAGAUCUAACCAUCUGACCACUGCUAACUGGAUGAUGCUGUAUCCAUGAAUGUCAUAAAAUGGAAUCAAAAUCAGAAAAUAUAUCGCAGACAAACAAAGAAACAGUUAAUCAAAAUCUAGAAGAAACUGUUAUUUUUACAGAGGCAGUGAAAAUCAAAGGGAAAGAAAAUAUUUUAACUGUUGGCUUGGCUGGAUUCAAAGUAUUUCAAAAAUCAAAGGAAGCAUCUGCCAUCACUUUCAAAUGGCCAGAUGUGUUAUGUAUACAACCUCCUCAAAAAUGUUCAGAGACUGUGCUGCAAUAUAUUCACCAUGAAGCCAACAAUACAUUACUCAUAAAAACUUUACAGAUACAAGAGAUAUCUGAGCAGUGUGUUCAUUUAAUAAAUCAGCAAAUUGCAGCUUCUGGACGACCUAAAAAACUGUUUGUUGUCAUCAACCCAUUUGGGGGCGCUGGUAAAGGUCUGCAGAUAUAUCAUGAAGAGGCUGAACCUUUAUUUAAACUUACAGGCAUUGAAACUACAGUGAUUGUGACAGAAAGAUCUAAACAUGCUACUCAAAUUGGAGAGAGUACAGAUUUUUCACACUAUGAUGGCAUCGUGGUUGUUGGUGGAGAUGGUUUGUACCAAGAGCUGCUUCAAGGAAUAACUUUACAAGAACAAAAGAAAUCUGGAAUAAAUUAUGACAGUCCUGAUACUGACUUAGUUAAACUUAAUGUACCUCCAAUUGGCAUUAUUCCAGCAGGUACAGGAAAUGCUGCUACAAAGUACUAUAAUGCAGGGGGUUUUGGUGCUAAAACUUCAGUCCUUAACAUCAUUCGAGGUGAACAACAUAGGGCUUCAGUUUUUGGAGUCUACUGCAACAAUAAAUUAUUUUCUAUUUCACAUCUAUUUGUGGCCUAUGGAAUGUGUGCAGAUUUGAUUAAAUGGGCAGAGGAAUUGCGGUGGAUGAAGAAAUGGAGGUACCUUUAUGUUUUUCUUGGACAAUUUCUUACUGGAAAAAGAUAUUUCGAUGCAGAAGUUCAAUACCGCCAGUUUGUUGCAGGUUCUGGAGGUGGUGUUUCAUCAAGUCUCUCAGACUGGAUUAACCUAGAACCAGCAGUUCAACAUUGCUAUUCAAUCUAUGCAUUUCCAUAUGAGUUUGUGGACACAGAAAAUAAAAAAUAUGUUGACCCAUUUGGUCAAUGUUGUCAGCUUGUGGUUAGCUCUGGCUGUAGUCAGUUGUCUACAAUAAAAAGCAUGGUUGCUGUCAGCAAGACAUCUAGCCCUGGAAAUAUGGAAGUCUUAAACAAUGUAACAGAGUUCAAAGUCAAGCUGCAAAGAGAGAAUGCAACAAAUCCUAGGACUGAAAGAGAGGCAAAAAACAUGGAGUUGGAAAAAUACAUCAACAUUGAUGGAGAACUUCUCAGCUUAGAUUCAAAAGAAUUUAGUGUCAGAUUGCAGACAUCAUUUGUACCAGUAUUUGGUAAGGCACCUGAUGCUUGAUAAGAGAUUGAGCUGUGGAGCAUAUUGUAAACUCUCAAGAUUACUCCAAUUUGAUCUGAAAGGAACAAAACAAAAACAGUUUUA